GUGCUUACCAGUUUGCUGUCGUCGCUGUACGUGGAUGAAAGUGUGCUCCGUUCCGCUCCGAUUUGUAUACAACUUCACACGUUAGGAGUCGUCCUAUCCGGAUGCAAUUGUAAAACUCGUUGUGGUUCAAGUGGAUCCGAAUGAAGUUGUUCCGUUGUUUUGUGCCGCCGAGUGGAGUGUCACUUGAAAAUUGUCAAAAUUGAAUUUUGCUAGCCUGGCCGGUGAAUAUGGCCAUGGCCUAAAGUGAACAAAGGCCCUUCAAAUGGCCAUAACGAGUGCUUUGGUCUUUGUCUGGCUUCGAUAUUUGAACUCAAAUUAAAGUGAUUUCCGGAUUAAGGAGGAUAGUUAUCAAGAGAUACUUACAUAUGUGGACACAAUAGUGAACUGCCAACAAUAAACGUAUAUCUGUGUGCCGGGAUAUGCCUGGCAGGCUGAAUUUUUUGCGGCAAAAGAAAGGCCAACGUCAAGUCAGUGGGAUUUCUUUCCUUUUGGCGAUGAGAGCCAAACAAAUGACACGCCUUCUAUAAGGGACAGAAGUCAUCUAGCAUUCGCGCAGGAUGUGUGCCAGCGACGUGGAACCUGCAGAAUCGGGCUCGAUGGAAGCCUGAGUGGCGGGAGGAGAUUCCUUAGACAGACACCUCUGAUUGAAUUGGCAACAGAAGCACCGACGGCUAAAACAACAACACCAACAAGUACUACAAGAAAAACAAAGGACAUGCGAAAGAAUACGAUGGCGAAUCGGAGGCGCAGAAAGAGGACCAUCGGGAUGCUGACAUCAGGCCUAAAAUCAGUAGUCAAGUGGAAAAUUAUUGUAUCAUCCAUAAUGUUGCUCUUAUUAAGUGGGACAAGUCACGUGCUGGCUGUGCGAAAGGGUCGCCUGAUGUCCCCCAGUACGUUCACCGCCCUCAGCGGAGACCUGCAUGUGCAGAUCCAGUUCAAUGGCAAGGAUGAGGACGACAUGCCGUACAGAACAACCGCACAGCCCGACGAACACUUGAGCCAGGACUCGACGGGGCACAAGAACUCCAUAAUGAGCACUUUAGUCAUUAGCAAAAUCAUUGAUGACGUUCCAACGCCAGAACAGGGACAGGGAAAGGACUUAAUCGAGGGGAGUUCCUCCAACGGAAGCCAGGUGGUCCUGCAGAGGCGUCGCAAGGAAGUGGUUCAGAAUAUCCCUCUGUUUCCGGAUCCCCGGUUCAAUGUCACCCAGGUGACAGUGCCCUGCCAGACAUUCCUCAAAGGCGGACGCUACGAAAUGCAGGUGGUCAGUAAUCUGAAGACCAUAACGCCGGAUCCGCUGGGCACCAAUCAGAGCGAGAUCCGGACCACAACUCUAGUGCCAGCGCAGGAUGAGCGCCUCCUGCAGACCCUGGACGUGCGGUGGCCCAGUGCCGAGAUGAUCGUGAGUCCUGUGCGGCUGAGGACCUAUCCGCGGAGUCCGGUCGAGGUGAUGCUACGGUUUCCGGAAGUAAAUUGCAACCAGACGGGCAGCCUGGCCCUGCCGGAGUUCUGGCUGGAGCUGAUUUACUGCGGCAAGGAGCGAAGCUGCGCCCGGAACGUUAGUCUGGCCAAUGUCCUGUUUGCCGAGCAGAUUCGAGGUUUUCCCAAAAACAAGACCCUGCAUCUGGGCUGCCAAUUGUUCGGCCUGGCCGGAAACUAUGCCGUCCAACUGCGGCCCAUGAUUCCGGCCCAAAAUGUACCGACCACACGGCGGCUGCUCAGCGUGGACUGGAGCGAUGAGUUCGUGUUCAAUGUGUACGCCCGCAGCAUCUUUCCGUGCGAUCCCCACACUGGAAUCGGGGUGCUGUACGAGUAUCCUGGCUGCAUCCUGGAGCAGGGCGACCGGGUGCGUCUGUACGCCAGGCAACGGGCGGACGUGGCCUCCCUGAAGCCACCCACCACCCUGCAUUACAUCGCCGAGCAGCGUGUGGUUAAGAGCCAGCACUCGCUCCACUUCUCCUGCGACCUAUUCUACGAGAAGUACGUGGAGUACUGCUUUGUCUACGUCAGCCAAUCAAUAUCUGGAGCGGUGGCCGAUGUUCGGAUGGACUGCGUUCCUACAUUGCCCGUGAGCGAUUCGGACACUGGGGGCUGGGGUCCAUGGAGCGAGUGGACUCCAUGUUCGACCAACUGCCUCGGGGGCACCAGGAAUCGUUAUCGUUUCUGCGACUCACCACCCCCGCGAUACGGAGCCAAAUUCUGCGAGGGACCCUCGGUGGAGACGGAAAAGUGUGGCAAGAGCAUUGCCGAUACAUGGGACUGUAUCUACGAGACCUCUGGAACAUCUAUGGCCAAAGCCAAUAGCACGGAGGUGAGCCAGGAGAUUGGACCCGGAUGUCGUUGCGGCUGCAUUGUCCAUCUGGGCGCCUCGAAGCCCAAACGCAUCAUUGCCGGAGCCACACAAAGCUGUCCCGGCCGCUCCUUCUGGUUAAUACAGGUGGACGGCGAGGAGAGUAUUGCCCUGGCGCUUAGUUUCCUUCGAUUACCCUGCGCCACUCAAUACAUAAAAGUACGCGACGGUCCUUCCCUCUCCUCCACACUUCUGGUGGAGCUGAAUGGCGGUGGCCUCGUCCUCAAGGGAGCCACUGGCGAGGGCGGCAUCCCCGUAUCCGUGGAGUCUACCGGGGGACAGCUUCUGGUGGAGUUCUAUGCGGGCGAUAGCCAAGCGGGGAAUACAUCCUCUGCUGCGGUUCAGGAUGCCCAAUGUACCGGAGGCUUUAUGGCGAAUGUUCAUCAGCUGUUGGCUAACAUCAGUGGCAAUAACACCAUUCCCACUCUAGUGGCAGCCACAAGGAUCUCCGGGAAAAGCCGGACUAAUUCUCAAAAGGCCUUUUCGCGACUCCGAUUUACUUUGGUGCAUCUCAGCGCCAUGAUAUUUGCCAGUAUUAUUAUCGUAAUUAGUGCUCUCCUGGGCGCUCAGUAUGUGGUGCGCUAUCGGAAAUACCACUUGGCCGUGGCUAGAAGACAAGAUGAGGGUUCUCGUCUGCAUACCCCAAGGGCUUCGCUGACUUCUCUACAAGGACCUCCUUCUCGGGCCAUGUCCACCACUACCCUCCUCUCGGAGGUGAUAUAUCUGGUAAAGAUGCGACCCAAACAUCACCUACGCCACUCAAUCCUGCGGGAGAGUGUGGAUGCCGAAAACCUGACGAGUGAGACGGAGUUCAAGGAUACAGAUCCGCAGGCCAUGCUGGCCAAAUGCGAUGAAAUGAAGGAGCUGGGAAGCUCGGCGUCUAUGCUUACCCUCCGCAAUGAGCGCUCCUCGCCAGAUCGUCUCUCUCUGGGCGCGGGCAGUGUGAUCGGAUCACCGUCUUCCGCCGAAGCUGAACUAGCCGGAGUACACAGCCCGGCAGAGGAGUCCAAGGACAGUGGAGCACUGGAGCCCGCCAGUGGCAAGGACAGUGCCAGGGACACUGAGUCCAUUAUAUCCUCGGGCAUGAGCUCCCUCUGCAAUAGUCCGCCGAUGAACAGCAAGCGUCUGAGCAAGUACUCCGAUCGCUACGAUGCGGCAACGUUGAAGCUGUUAUCCUCUCGAUUGGAUGAGAGCCUGCAGGAUGCCAGCUCCUUGCACUCGGUGACGGAGUCCUUGCGGCUGGGCGGACGCCUUGGGUCACGAAGUGUCAGCUCUUCCCUGACAAAUGGAUGCUAUUCUCCAGCUGCCAGUGUGGUUAGUACUGCUACCAUCAGGACCACCAGCAACCCCAAGGAGUCCAAGGAAAAGCAGAAUCGCAAGAAGCUAUUGGCCAGACCGGGCUCAGAGUUCUCGUUGGGAAAUCAGGAGGAACUGGAGAUGGAUUAUUAUGAUUACAAUGUAAUCAACGCCGGCUCGGCACCGGGCUCUUAUCUGGGCAUGGAUCCGGCCUAUCUGGUCUGGAUUCCGCCCUUCGAGGAGGUGGCCGAACGGGAGGAGGAUGACAAAACACCGGAGCCCGAGCCCGAACCCGAUCCGGAGAGGGACGAACGGCAGCCGCUGUACGAGGAGAUCAAGCUGCCCAAGUAUGGACACUAUCUGAGCCCGGCCAGCAACACAGAAUCCAGCAAGUCCACCACGGCGGAUAACACGCCCAGUUCUGAGGAGCGAUCCCCACCGAACAGUGGGCGCCCCUCCAAGGCCACCUCACCCUGUGAGGGUGGCAAGUCCCUGCCCCAUAAGCAGCCCACUCCGUACAUGUCCAGGAAGCAGCGACGCCAGUCCAAGCAGCAGAUCCAAUCUGCUCUGUCCCUGAGCUCCAACUCCCUGGAACAUGAACAGCGCUCCGGCAGGAGCUCCAAGACACCCGCCGAGCUGGCUGCAGUGCAUCAGAAACUGGAGGCCGAGGAGGAGCCCAACGAGUCCAUGACAGGUUCGUAUGUGGAAAAGGAGACGGCGGUAGAGAAGUCCUCGGGGGAUCUGCAGGAGUUUCUGGCUCUAGACGACAUCCAGUUUGCCGAUGAAAGUGGCAGUGAUUACGAGGCAGUCAACCUCAAGAAAACCAACAAGACAGAGUCCUCUUUAAACAAGGACGAAGUCCGGACAAAGCUCCUGAGCAGAAGGGAGCCCAAAUCCCGGGAGGUGUCCGUUUGAAUCAAAAAAUAAUUAUGUAAAUAGAAGCAGCACAAAAAGCUCAUUAAAGUUUAGAUAUAGUUUUCGGAAGAUCUUGUAAAAUACGGGUAAUAUACUAUACAUAUGUCAGCACCAUCAGAAACAUAGACCACCUGGAGUACUCUUUUGUUUUUUUUUCCAAAAGUAGACCUUAAGCUCA